CAUUUUUUGUUUUAUGAUUUACUAGUCCUUGUAAUUUACAUCUAAACCAAUUUUGUCACAUGUAUUUCGUCAUUAGCUCGGAGAUUCACAUUCAAACUGAUUUUCGCCAUUGUUAACUCCUCCUCUGCUUCAUCACCAUGUCCUCAACCGCCGACCAAACGGAAUUGCAAAAAGAAGCAGAAGCUCCGGCCGCCGUCACAGACCCCGCGAUCCUGUUGGGGGAAGCACCAGCAGUCGGCGCGGGAGAUCCGAAACUCGAGGAAUCCAAAGAAUUUGCUGCGCAAUCCGAAGAUGUACAAUCAAACGAUGCAGAGGCCUCAAAAUCUGACGAGAUAUUGACGAAAUCCAACGAGGCAAGUGAUGCAGAUCCCAAGGCAAAUGAGAGAGAUAUUUCUAGCCAGUCUGGAGAUGUACAAUUGAACAAUGCAGAGGCCUCGGAAUUGAACCCAUCGAACAAGACAAGUGACUCAGAUCCCAAAGCGGAUGAGCCGAAGGAUGAUACUGUUGAAUCUAAUGAAACGGUGAGCAGCUCGAAGAAGCUAAAAAAGGAUGAAGGUAGCCGAACAUUUACAAUGAGGGAGUUGUUGGAUGAAUUGAAGAAUGGUGAUGCCAAUGAAGAUUCUGAAGCUGAAAGACGAGAAGACGACACACCUCACAGUCAACAGAGUAGUCAGCAGCUUGCAGAAAGUAAUGCCGCCUUGGAGUUGAUUAACAGUGUCACAGGUGCUGACGAGGAGGGCCGAUCUCGCCAACGGAUUCUAACAUAUGCUGCCCGGAGGUAUGCUAGUGCACUAGAGCGAAAUCAAGAAGAUUAUGAUGCGCUUUAUAAUUGGGCACUGGUUCUUCAAGAAAGUGCAGAUAAUGUAAGCCCAGAUUCCACUUCACCUUCAAAAGAUUCUUUGCUCGAACAGGCAUGCAAAAAGUAUGAGGAGGCAACCCGUCUUUGUCCUACACUGAAUGAUGCUUACUACAAUUGGGCCAUUGCAAUAUCUGAUCGAGCCAAAAUCCGGGGUCGUACAAAAGAAGCUGAAGAACUUUGGAAGCAGGCAACAAAGAACUAUGAAAAGGCUGUCCAGCUCAAUUGGAACAGUCCACAGGCAUUGAACAACUGGGGACUUGCGCUGCAGGAACUCAGUGCAAUUGUUCCUGCCAGAGAAAAGCUAACAAUUGUCAAAACAGCAAUUAGUAAGUUUCGCGCAGCAAUCCAACUUCAAUUUGAUUUCCAUAGGGCAAUCUACAACCUUGGAACUGUUCUGUAUGGAUUAGCAGAGGAUAUGUCAAGAACAGGGGGAACUGUUAAUGCUAAAGAGAUUUCUCCUAAUGAGUUGUACAGCCAGUCUGCAAUUUACAUUGCUGCUGCACAUGCACUUAAACCAAAUUACUCGGUUUAUACAAGUGCCUUGAAGCUUGUGCGAUCUAUGCUACCUCUGCCCUACCUAAAGGUCGGAUAUCUCACUUCACCACCUGCUGGUAAUCCACUCGCACCACACAGUGACUGGAAGCGUUCUCAGUUUGUUUUGAAUCACGAAGGACUUCAACAGAUCAGCAAAGUUGAUCAAAGACACAUGUCAGGAAGCCUUUCAUCAAAUUCAGCAGAUAUGAGUCCUAGUAGACAAGCAAUUAAAGUUGAUGUGCCGGAUAUCAUCUCUGUAUCAGCAUGUGCAGAUCUUACAUUACCACCUGGUGCAGGCCUUUGUAUUGAUACGAUUCAUGGGCCAGUUUACAUGAUAGCUGAUUCAUGGGAAUCUUUGGACUGGUGGCUUGAUGCAAUUCGUUUGGUUUACACGAUAGGUGCAAGGGGCAAGAGUGAUGUUUUGGCAGGCAUCAUCACUUCAUAAGUUUUUUGCCAGUAACUAGUUAUAUGAUCAACCUCAAAUGUGGGAUUCCUGCUCGAGAAAAGCCUGAUUUAUUAGCCUCUGGAGUCUGUUGCUAUUGUACACUUGUAUAUUAUUUGAUUUUUCACAUGAAAUGAGGUUCAUUGAAGUUCCUCUUUUAAGCGGAUGUACGUCACAGGACUACAGAUAUUUGAGCUUGGACUGAUGUUUCAUAGAUGUGGAAUAAGGAAGAGACUUUGUUGAAUUAAAUUCUUGGUUCUUAUUGUGA